AUGAGCUGGACUGAGGCCGAAAACGCCAAGUUCUUCGAAUUGUUAGAAAAGCAUCCCGCCGAGGUGCCCGCACAGAAUCGCUGGCGAAAGAUCGCCAACGAUCUUGGCACAAAAACCGACAUUCAAGUCGCUAGCAAGGCGCAAAAGAUGUUCAAAAAGUUGAAAAGUCGAAAACGAAAGAUCCCCGGCGCACAGGAGCGCGGGAAAAAGUUGAAACUGCGCGAGAGUGCCCGCAAACCGGAUGAAUUUAUCAAGAAACGGGCGACAAGUGCCGCAGAGAGGGAACAUGACAUCAGAGAGCGGAUCAGAGCACUUGAGCAGAUGAAAGAAAGACUUUUAUCCCUAGGAGACUCGUCGCCAUUCUUCACGUGCAACGUCUGCGAAUUAGAGAUGAAAUCAGAUAUAAAAUACGUUUGCCUGGACUGUCCCGCAGAAUUCUGUUACCCUUGCCACGCGCACAUCUCGCGCGAUCUCUCCUUGCACUCGCACCAACCCGCUCCAGGUGCACAAUCUGAUGUCCAACCGUUUCAGCGCCUCGUGCGUCUCGAGUCCAACCAAAAUGCUGUUGCCAAUAACUCAUUUCAAAAUAUUGACGUGAUAAAAUAG